CUCAUGUAUAUUUGAUCUCACCUGAGCAAAGACUCGCUGUUGCUGAUGCUGAUGCUGAUGCUGUUGCCAGGCAACGGAGCGCCUCAUCUAUAAGUCUGACAUCAUAGAGGGAUGAUGGAGUGUCACUGAGGUUCAUGUGGACUAAAGUGUGUUCUGCUGUUGUUUAGGUUUUGUCUGAUGGUAAAGAAGGGCUACAGGGACCCUCCGUAUCACAACUGGAUGCACGCCUUCUCCGUCUCACACUUCUGCUACCUGCUUUACAAGAACCUGGAACUAGCCAACUACCUCGAAGAUAUAGAGAUCCUGGCACUGUUUGUGUCCUGCAUGUGUCACGAUCUGGACCAUCGAGGAACCAACAACUCCUUCCAGGUGGACUCGCAAUCCGUCCUGGCGGCUCUGUACAGUUCAGAGGGAUCUGUCAUGGAGAGACAUCACUUCGCUCAGGCCAUCGCGAUCCUCAACACACACGGCUGCAACAUCUUUGAGAAGUUCUCUAGAAAGGAUUAUCAGCGGAUGCUGGAUCUGAUCCGAGAUAUAAUCCUGGCCACAGAUCUGGCUCAUCACCUGAGGAUCUUCAAGGACCUGCAGAAGAUGGCCGACGUUGGAUAUAACCAGAAGAAUCAAACACAUCGCAGUCUGUUGCUGUGUCUGCUGAUGACCUCCUGUGACCUCUCAGACCAGACCAAAGGCUGGAAGACCACCAGGAAGAUCGCGGAGUUAAUCUAUAAGGAGUUUUUCUCUCAGGGUGAUUUGGAGAAGGCGAUGGGGAACAGACCCAGUGAGAUGAUGGACCGAGAGAAGGCCUACAUCCCUGAACUCCAGAUCAGCUUCAUGGAGCACAUCGCCAUGCCCAUAUACAAGCUCCUGCAGGAACUGUUCCCGCGCUCAGCCGAGCUUUACGAGCGCGUGGCCGCCAACCGCGAGCAAUGGGCCAAAGUGUCCAACAAGUUCACCAUCCGCGGGCUCCCGAGCAACAACUCGCUGGACUUUCUGGACGAGGAGUUCGAGCUCCUGCAGUCGCAGGGCGCCUUCGGGGACGAGUCGCAUCGCAUGAACGGGUGCCUGGACGACGACUGCAACAAACACCACCAGUGACAUCACAGGUCAAAGGUCAGAGCUGACACGUCUUCGGCUGAACAUUUGGACAGAAAAAUAGUGUGAAUUUGCCUAGAAACUUCAGCGAACUUAUUUUGAAAAUACUUAGACGCUCAAAGCCGUAGUGAAACGUUGUGUCAGCUGAGAGUUCUAAAGAGAACCGUUACAGUGUUACAAUGUUACAUUUUUUAGAACUUAUUGUUUCAAAGCAGUUUCACAGUAACAAACAGGAUAGAACAGAAUCACUAAUGCAAACUUAAUCAAAUUAGCUCUAAAAAGUCGUCCAGUUUUCCCGCUGUUUACACGCACCAGGAGAAGCUGAAGGAAAACUAAGCCACACGGAAAUUAAUGUUUUGCUUGAAACUGAUUCAGGCGUCAGAUUUCUCCAUUCCUGAGAUGCGACGGGACUGAGACACACGGAUCAGCUGAUCGGCCUUCUGAAACUCUCUGUACAUACACUCGUGUGUUUUAAAGGGCUACGCGGCCCUCACACUUUUCUUUCUCAGGAUGGCAGAAUGUGUGCGUCAAAUGGAUCUUGCCUUACUAAAGUUUGCGUUGCCUUCCUGAGGGACUGUAUAAAACAUUCAGCCUGUCUGUGCACAGUUCUGGAUAUAUGGGGAUAUCAGUGUGUACGUGUGUGUUUGCACAGUUUGCCAAAAUCUGCAGAGGAACAGGACAUGAAGAGGGUGAUGAUG